AGGCAGGCGGCCGGGGUUUGACUACGUCUACCCAUACCUUUGCGAACCUUCUAGGUUGCCGGGUCGCUAUCUGCAUUGCCGCGCCAGGGCUCGUUCGAGGCGGUCUGCGGUGGAUUAGCAGAUUUUUGUGAUGUCUUUGUCAGAGCCGCAGCUGCUUUCUCGGCGGGCAACGGGCUGGCUGGCGCUGGUGCCGGCCGGCAACGUCGAUGCCAGGCUGGUCAACAAGGUUGCUGAUGCAUCGGGCGUGUCUAUGACUGUGGCUUCAGUUGCCGACGGUUCUGUCCUCGUCACUGCACAGCACCCGACUCGCCAUCCGCUCUCGCUGGCCCGGGCCAUGGCUGCGGUCAUCGCAGCCGUCCCGCGCAAGGCCGUUCUCCGCCUUCAGCUCCCGCUGCCGCCCCAGGCUCCUUUGCCGACACUGCCGUCGGAAGAGCUUCCCGGUACGGUGGUGUAUUCCGACUCGAAGCAGCCUGCGCUUGUUGUCGAGGGUUUGCCGGCCGCUGUGGCCGACGUCCUCGCUGCCGUGGGCUCCUCGGUCUUUGGCCUCGACGCUGAUGCAUUGGCGACUGCGCUUGGCCAGCGUGCCCAGCACACAACAUCAGCCUCUCUUAUCGAGGUGUCGGCGGCCUCGCCGUCGGCGUCGUCGGUUGUUUUUGACACCCGCGGCGCUGCCUGUGACCGCGUGACCGCGGCGCGGUUGGUGGCGUCAUCCGCAGCUGCGCGGAUGCUGACCAGCCGCAACUUGCUCGGCGCGAAGAGCUUGGAAGGCGUGGCGCCUGUGGUGCUCCGUUUUGUCUCGCACGGGCCGGUCGUCGAGUUUGCUGUCGAGUCGGCGAGCGGCUCGGUCGCUGUUCUCCGCAUGAUGCUUGCUCUUGCAUCCCAGCUGGCUAAUGCCAGUGUGGCGCUUCAUCUGCCGACAUCUUGGGGACACGAGAUGAUCGAGGCCCUGGAGGUGCUAGGUGACGGUCAAUUAUCUAGCCAUGGCGACAACGCGGUGCUGGUAGCGUCGGCCGAUAGCAUCCGGACUGUUCUCUGGGCGCUGCACCACUUGGCGGCGCCUGGGUGUCCGAUUGUCUCGGUUGACAUGGCAGCGUGGACGCUGCGGAUCUCGGCACGUGCCGGAGCCGUGCUGCUGGGGCGACGGGCGGUCAUCAAGAAGGCGAUCGAGGCUGCGUCUGGUGCCACACUUCACUUUGUCUUUGCGGGCAAAUUCGUAGACGUGGCGCUCGCGGGCGAGGCCGACGACGUCCGGGCCACCGCACUGCUGGGCAUCCUGAGACGACUGGACCCAGCCGAGCACGCCUGGCUCCAGAUUCCCGCGGUGCCGGAAAGCCACGCGGUGUGGACCGACAGUUUCUCCGGUGCUUGUGUGGCAGUUCAUGAAGGUGAGCUGUUCUCGGUGGUGGCAAGCGCGCUGGCCUGUUUGGGCGCGGAGGUGCCACCGGUCGAGGUCAGCUCGGACAUGGUGCUCACUACACCACGAUCGAGCGGCGCGCUGCUCGCUGGCGGGAAGCGGGCCAAGUUCAAGGAGCUUGAGCGCGAGACCGGGGCGCAGCUUGUGCUGCAGAUGUCAUCGGGCUCGGGACUUGCGCACAUCCAAGUCAAGGAGAGCGGAGUGUCGGGCCUGACUGGGCAAUGUCAGGCAGUGCGCUCAAUGCUGGCCGAACUGAAAGCGACGCGGCCACAAGGCGAACAAGUGGCACUUAUGCUACGUCUGCCGCCGUGUGAUGGCGCGUCCGAGAAGCUGGCGAGACUCGCCUGGGACAGCGUGCUCCACCAUGUUGUGGGCUCGCUAGUCCGAAUCAGCGGUGCGCCGGGUGCGGUCCUGGAGGCGUUUUUUGAGCUUGUUGCGAUAUUUGGCAAGGCCGAGACGCUGGCAGGGCUAGCGCAGCACACACUCGCGCUCCCGAUCUCGCGCAGUCUUACCUCGGGCCUUCACAGUGAGAUGAGUCUCCGCAAGGUGGCUCUGCCUGAGCUCGGAUCAAAUAUGGUGUUUAAUGUGGUUCGGACCGGCAGCUCUUGGCAGCUGAGGUUGCCUGCCGGCGUGCCGGCGGUGGCCGCGCUGGACUUUUUCGUUAAGGUGCUUGUCAGCUUGACGCGCCUGUGCGCCAAGCCGCGACGAGGCAAGGCGGUGCGCAUGGAGAUUGCUCUUUCGCGUGACGACGCCUUGAGAGGUGGUAUGGUGAGGCUGGUAAGAGGUAAGGCGACGCGAGGGGUGGUGGAGAUGUCUUCGUUAUCACUUCCGCGCUUGGUGGUCACCGGCGAGAUGCCGGUUGUACUUCGCGUUGCAGCCGAGAAGGUUGCUGUGGCGCUUGGCGGAGUGGUGUGCGGGCAGUUGCCAGUUGCCGCUGUGUUGUCUAUCGGCUCGGCCCAGCUGCUCGGGCGAAUGGUGGGCAAGGAUCAGAAGAGCAUGAUUGCAGAGAUCAAGGCUCAGUACUCCGACAGCAGGCUUAAUCUUGCGCGCAUUUCUUCGACUCAGUUUGGGGUUUCGGCCAACUCGCCGGUGGUGCUGGCACAGGCUCUACAGGCGCUGCUUGCGCGGGCUACUCGAGACACGCCGGUGGUUGUAGAGGCCGACUUCGUCGACAGCUGGCUUCCCGGCGCCAGCGGCGCAGAGCUGAUGGCCGCGGCCCGACGCGGGUUUGUGGACUCAUGUCUCGACGCGGUGCUUGACAAGGGCGCGCUGCCAUGUGUGGUACUUGACGGCUCAUCACGUGAUGCGGAGCGAGCGCUGCUUGCACUUGCGGGACUUGCGCUGGUCCACCGUGGUGAAGGCGUUGUGUACCGGACUCUGCUCCUCCCGAGCUCCCUUGUUCGUGUGCGUGUGAGUGUGCCUGAUGGUGUGCGCAGUGCACUGAUUGCGAUGCGUCAUCCAAAGGUAACGCAGUGGACGAAAAGUCGCAAGAUCUGGAUGCUCGGCGCGUUGCGUGACGUCUUGUUUGCGCUGGGCGAGGUUGCUCAGAUUGUGCGACGUGAGCUGGCCGAGGUGGAGGUGCUCAUGGAGCGAGUGCUUCCACAGCUUUCUGGGGAGCCACAGGCCGAGUGGACGUUUGAAUCGAUUGGCAAGCUCGCGGCGUGUCUGACCCAGCACUGCGGCGUUGAGCUUGAUAGCGCGGUGGAGAUGGCUGAGGCGCCGAGCUUGGCGCAUGAGAGCAAGGCGUGGUGGACGAUCGAGGUGCCGGCAAAGGCUGCGCAUGAGGUACUUGCGCGUCGCAAGCGGCUGCAGGCUUUGGUCACCGGCGUGACCGAAUUGGCGCUACAGGUUCCGCGUACAGGAAGUGGCAAGGACAAGGCUGAAGGUGUCGGCGGCAAGACGGCUCGGCUGAUUCUCCAUCCCGGGCCUGGUGCGAGUUCGGCGGUGUGUGGGCCCGAUAUGUAUCUUGCGGGAGCUGGGCUUGUGCUGAAUGCACUGCCGCGCCAAGCGUGUGGGAAUGUGCGUCUUGUCGCAGGCCAGCUCGGGAGCUGGGCCGGCAGCGUGACUGAGGUCAUUACUAGUGCCUGCACGGCGCUGGGGCUGAGCUCUGCCAACGUGAUGACCACUCUUGGUUGCGGGUCGAGGUCGCCCGAGGGACGGCUGCGGCUUCCAGCGUCGCUGACGGGCAUCUUGCUGGGCAAGAAGGGCCGGCAUUUGAAAGAGGUGAAGAGCACGACUGGGGCGAAUAUUUAUGUCACCUCGCAGGCGCUGUUUGCUGUGGUGACAGCAUCGGGCGCUUCCGUGCCUGUUGUGGUCAUGGCACUCGCGCGCAUGGUCGGGCAGGUGGCAGGGGUGAAGCCCGACACGCGGGCUGUCGUUGACUUUUGUGCUGGUGAUGUCGAAGCUGCGCUGGAUGCUGCACUGGCGUGCGAGAUUGCGGCGCGUGUCGACGGCAAGCGGCUUGUGUGCUGCGGGCGAGCGGCAGACGUUGUGGUUGCACUGGCGGGUGUGGCGGGCGCGGAAGGCGGGCCUGAGGUUGCUGCCGCCGCCGCUGGAGCGGUGCCUGCUUCUGUGGCGCGGGAGCGGGCGGGCAAGGCGUGUGGUCCGGUGGUGUGUCGUGUGAGCGUGGUUCGGCGCAAGGGCGUGGCCAAGAAGGUUGCUGCUGCGGCGAGGGCUGCCAGCCGCGAGAAUGAGAGCUUUGUGAGUGUGGCCGAGCACGGGGAGUUUGUGGAAGCGUCUGUCCGCGGGCAGAGCGUUGCGCUUGCUGCUGAAGCUGCAUUUGCUGUUCUGUCUGUUGCGGACGCGUCGGAGCGAGUGCGCCUCUCGUUGGAGCGCGCCGGGCUGGCGGAGUUGAAUGUGUCACCCGACGUCCCGCUCUUCCCUGAUGACCACCGCGAGGCCGGCGUGCUCGAGGCUGGUGAAGACACGCUGGUUCUCUCAGGGCGCAUUGCGCGGGUCCGGCGAGUGUUUGGUCUCAUGUUUGAGCGUGUGCUUGGACGGGCAACAGCUACUGAGCUUGCUGCAGGGCCUGCGCGCGGACUAGACAGCCAGCUGAAGAACAAGUGGGUGGUGCAGGCUGGUGCGGACGCACGGGAUCGUGUGCGGAUCGGAAUCCGGCCGCAGGCUGCGGCUUCGAGCAGCUCUGUGCUGAGCAACGGCGUACGGUGGCUGAUUGGGCCGCAAACCCCUGCCCCUGUCCUCUUUUCUGUGCUCUGCGAGGCAUUGCCUGCAGAUCGUGUUGCUGUGCAAGUGCCUGUACGGGCUGGCGUCGAUAGGGCCAAGCUGGCUGCGGCGUGCGCCAAGCUUGGCGACGACGUGAGUGCACAAGUUGUGGAGCUGGGGCAGGCGGUUGUAGUGACUGGGCUUGGCCUCGCGGUCUUUGACGGGGUGUCGAAACUCUGCCGGCGUGUUAUCGGACCCAAGGCUGCGUUCAAGCGCAUCGGUGCGAAGCGAAGGGCACUGGACUCGGCGUGGCGCGUGACGAUUGCGUCCGCACUUGGUGGCUUUGUUGUUGGUAAGAAGGGCAAGCACCUUGCUGCGCUCCGGGCUGCCAACGGCGGUUCUGGCGUGGUGCUCUAUUCACUGUCACCGAAUGAGCUUUGCCUCUGUAUUGUGCCUGCCUCGCUUGACCAUGGCGACCGUGUUGUGGCGCUGCUCAAGUCGUUUAUGCCCAAGGGCACCGAGGUGGAGGUGAAGAAGCCCGAGGUCGAGGUUGAGGCUGAGGCUGAGGUUGAGGUUGAGACCGAGGCUGAUGUUGAGGCUGAGGCCGAGGUUGAGGCUGAUGUUGAGACCGAGCUUGAAGCUGCCGAGCCUGAGACUGAGACUGAGGCUGAGGUCGAGGCUGCUGUUGAGGCUGAGGCUGAGACUGAGGCUGAUGUUGAGGUUGAGGCUGAUGUUGAGGUUGCUGUUGAGGCUGACGAGGCUGAUGUUGAGACCGAGCUUGAAGCUGCCGAGCCUGAGACUGAGACUGAGGCUGAGGCUGAGGCAGAGGCUGAGGUUGAGGCUGAGGUUGAGGCUGAGGCUGAUGUUGAGGUUGAGACCGAGGCUGAUGUUGAGGCUGAGGCCGAGGUUGAGGCUGAUGUUGAGACCGAGCUUGAAGCUGCCGAGCCUGAGAUUGAGACUGAGGCUGAGGUCGAGGCUGCUGUUGAGGCUGAGACUGAGACUGAGGCUGAUGUUGAGGUUGAGGCUGAUGUUGAGGUUGAGGCUGAUGUUGAGGUUGAUGUUGAGGCUGACGGGGCUGAUGUUGAGACCGAGCUUGAAGCUGCCGAGCCUGAGCCUGAGACUGAAGCUGAGGUCGAGGCCGAGGUUGAGGCCGAGGUUGAAGCUUUCGAAGUUGAAGCUGUCGAGGCCGAGACCGAGUCUCAAGAUCCCCCCGCAACCCCCGAGCUCACGUUGGAGCAAUACCUCGCACCCUUACCACCGUCUCCGGUCGAUUUUGCAUCUCUAGUGGACGCGCUCGACAUCCCCGCCGACGUCGCAACAAGCCUCGUCUUUACCGCGGCGCAGCAGGCAUCCGCCGCCGCUCCUGAGCAGGCACUGCACGCGCUCACCUGGGCACAGUCGCUCAUCACGGCAUUGUCAACGUAA